AGAUGGUUGGUUACACGCCAGUGACAUUCAAGGUUCCAGACACUUGGACCCAUGAUGUUUGUAUACUUGGGAGGUGUGAUGAAUCUACAACCCCAGAUAGAAGUAGAAGUGAAGCCUUAACUCAAGCUGGACUUGGACGAGUCAGAAUUGUAUUUCCAAACAGAAAGGCUUCCCAUGCUGAUCUACAAAAUUUUCUAGAGAGCAAGUUCCCAAAACUAAAAGCUGGAGGAGGAUUUGAAGUUCUCAGGGCCCAUGGGGGUGGUGGUGGUCAAAGAUCAUUAGUUCUUAUACUGCCAAGCAAUGAAGGGUAUACUGUCCCUUACUUAAAGGAAAGGCUAAAUUCUGCAGUUGCCUACAUAAGACCUUUUCAAGCAGACCUUGAUGAAUCAAGUUCCUGUGAGAUGGAAGUUGGACCAAUGGUUCCUUGCAUUCAUUGCAACAAGGAAAUGCCAUUUAGUAAAGUCAAAGAGCACAACUGUAUUUCUGAAUCAGUCGAUAGCCAAUUCCAGCAUCAUGAUGAAGAUGCUGUUGUUGUUGAUGGUCCCAGUUCAGCCAGUCAUACUCCCUCACCCAGUAAUAGUACUGAGCAAGCUAAUGGUAGUGAUAUUCAACAAAUAGAAGCUGAUCAACAGCUGGCAAGGAGGUUAGAUGAAGAACUAAAUGAUGUCAAUUUUGAUGAUGACCUAGAGAUCCUGAAUACGUCCAUCUCAAAUGUACCCACAAGUCUGGCAAAAGAACUUGCAGUGGCUGCAUUAAAGUCUGGAUGCUCGGAACCCAUUGGUCUUUAUGUACAGCGUUCAAGAGUUUUAAAAAAUGUUUUUGAAGAGCUAAAAGACCAAAAGUUCGAAACCAGCCAGAGUUUGUUGGGGAACCUGCAGCAGAUACAGGUGGUCCUACAAGGGAGAUGUUUUCUAUUGCCUUUAAACAAGCGAUUGAUUCCAGAAUAA